CCCUAUAGUACUUCCCAAAGGUCAAAGGUCAUCCAGAAGGUCAUUUUGGGAGGCUAGGGAGGGAGCGUUAGGAGGAGGCGAGGUCACGGGCUGUGCAUGUGAAGUUGAGUAGCCUUGAGGCGUUCUGCGAAGCCCUCCCUUCUUCUUCCUGGUGGCAUGGUGAGGCUGUAAGAGGGGUGGCCCAGGCGUUGUGAGGGCACGGCAGCAGCAGCAGCGGCACCAUGGCGGAUGUCAGCAUGGAAGAGGAGCGGGAAUGUGACCAGCGUUAUCCCUUCUCACGCUGCAGCUCCACCGGCUCCAUCCACACCCUCACUUCCUCGGCCAACAACACAGAUGUGACGGACGAUGAGGACAGCGACAGAGGCAACCAGAUGAGCUACAAGGAGCGGCGGCGGGAGGCACACACGCAGGCUGAGCAGAAGCGACGCAACGCCAUCAACAAAGGCUAUGACUCGCUGCAGGACCUCGUGCCCACCUGCCAGAACUCCGAGCAGGGUCAGGGCUACAAGAUGUCCAAGGCGACUGUCCUCCAGAAGAGCAUCGACUACAUCCAGUUUCUGAAGAAGGAGAAGAGCAAGCAGGAGGAGGAGGUGGCAGCACUGAAGAAGGAGGUGGUGGCGCUGACCAUCAUGAAGCUGAACUACGAGCAGAUUGUGUCGGCCCACCAGAGCCAGCCCGGCCAGCUCAGCAAACAGAUCUCGGAUGAAGUGAAGUUCCAAGUGUUCCGCGCUGUGAUGGACUCGCUGUACCAGUCCUUUGGGCAAGCCGUGGCCACGAGUAACUUUGCCGAGAUUUCUGGGUCUGUCAUCUCUUGGGUGGAGGAACACUGCAAGCCUCAGAUUCUGCGGGAGAUCAUGUGUGGCGUCCUGCAGCAGCUUAGCCAACAGUAGCCUGCCUCCCUCCCCUAGUCCUGCAGCGUCACCGUGAGACUCGCUGCCCAUCUUGUGCCAUCGUACGUCCUUUCAACCCGGUAGCCGCGAUGGGCCAGAUUUGUGACCUGACAUAAACCCCCAAAAAUAGAGGAUGCAUAAACUAAUCACAAAUGCAUUAUAUAUAACGGUUUGCGUGAGGGAUUAUUUUUUCUCAUUAAUUCGCUUAGAGGAGCCUGUAAGAAACGUGAUCCCCGCAGCUACCGGGUUAAGGUUCUUUUGUGUAAUUCCCUUUAUUGCUACCCAAAAUAUUUUUAUAACUUGUAUGUGUAGAUUUAUCAACAAAGCAUUUAUAUUGGUUUGAGAAGUCACUGAACAGACUAGUGAGUUUGAGUUCAGUUAGGAUGAUUUGUUUUGGCUCCUAUAACAGUCAAGAGACCAUAGACCUACAUAUUAAAGAGAUGUAUUAUAAGGCUCUCUCAGCACAAUAUUAACUUAAGGCCAUUCCUAUUUUAAGAUCCAAGAACUGUGAGGAAACACACACAGUAGACAGCUAAUGAUUACUACCAAAUUCACCACACUGAUGCAUAAUAUUAACGAAGCAACUAUUGUUAUGGAAGGCAAAGUAAAGAUCCACCUUUUUCCAUAUAUAUAUUUUUAAUUUUUGUUGUAUAAACAGCAAGUAUGUGAUAAACAUUAAAAUUUCACAACAGUUGUUACAUUUGAGAUCUGUAUGAGCAAAAAACACUUAUUACUCUUAAACCCUUGAAAAAAUAAGUAAUGUACUUUCAUACUUAAGAAAAUUAAUGAUAAAACAAGAGCAUG